AUGGCCGGUAAGCAUGGGUUCUCCGCCAUCUAUGAAAGACAGGAGCAAGUCAACUACGGGCGAUCGAGCGUCGCGAAUGAAGGAAGGCACCACAUGUCCAAAGCGGAGGGUUACAGACCUAAGGAUCAAAAUAAAGCUAUGAAUCAGAUGUUAGAGGAAAACAUCCGGGACGAGAUCGCCGAGCGCUAUAAGCACGACCCUACCUACCGUGCGACUAUGAACGGAAAUGAGCCAUCGCGGGGAGCGAAAGCCGACGCCGAGAUUCUGCGCGAGGAGGAGGAGAUGCUCAGGAAGAAGAAGGAUAAGAGCAACGGCGCCGGCAUCCAAAUAACCCCCAACGCCUCGCGGAUCCUGCAGCGCUGGGCCCUCUCCCCCCAGCUCUGGGCGUCGGGCUCCGAGCAGACGUACUGCAAGUUCCACCGGUACUCGGGCGGGCUGCUGGCGACGCACCGGGACUUCCACACGCUGAUGCGCGCGAACCACGGCGCGCCGUACCUCGCGCUGCACCGCGUCGACCUGCAGACCGCGCUGCACGCGCGGGCCGCAUCGCUCGGCGUGGGCUUCCGCUUCGGCACGCGCAUCCGCCGCGUCGAUUUCGAGACGGGCGAGCUGGUGAGCGAGGACGGGGAGGCGGUGAGAGGGGACCUGGUGGUCGCGGCGGAUGGGCUGUGGUCGGCUUGCCGCGCGCAGUUUCUGCCCAAGGAUUUCGAGGGCGUGCCGAGGCCGACGGGCGACUUGGCGUACAGAGUCGUGCUCACUCUGGACCAGAUACGGGACCCGGAGUUGAGGGAUUGGGUCAGCAAGCCGUCGAUUAACAUCUGGAUCGGGCAUAAUUCGCACGUGGUGGGUUACUCGCUGAGGAACGGGACCGAGUUUAAUCUCGUGCUGAUCACCCCGGAUGAUUUGCCCGACGACGUGCGGCGGGCGGCGGGUUCGGCGGAGGAGAUGAGGGCGCUGUUUAAGAACUGGGAUCCUGUGCUGAAUAGGUUUCUUGCGGUUGUUGAGUCGGUCAAGAAGUGGAAGUUGAUGCACCGGAAGGAAAUGCGGAGGUGGAUCCACGACUCGCCAAACAGCCACUUCGUUUUCGUUGGCGAUUCCUGCCACCCCAUGCUCCCGUACCUCGGACAGGGGGCCAACUCCGCUAUCGAGGACGGGGCGGUUCUCGGUCGCUUGCUAGGCCACAUCAAGAGCAAGGAGCAAAUCGGCAAAGCGCUGAGCAUGUACGAGCAACUGCGGAAACCGCGAGGAGAUGCUAUCGUGAAGGCAACGGAUGGACAGCGAGCCGACGUUCAUAUGGCGGAUGGCCCUGCGCAACGUGCACGGGAUGAGCUGUUGCUAUCGCAGCUAGAUAGCGAUGUCAAAAAAGACCCUUUCCCGAUUCGCUGGUGUAGUCCUGGACUUCAGUCUUGGAUAUUUAGCUACGAUGCUUGCGCCGAGGUUGAUAAGGCUGUCAUGAAUGACCCAUUUAUUUAG